CCCCCCCCCCCCGUUGCGGUAACUCCACUCGCGUUCCUCCUCGGCGGAGAGAAGGGAAGGAGGACGACGCCGGAGCUGACGAGAUGGCGAGACCGACAUCCCUGCUUCUCUUGCUGUGCGUCAUCGUCGCCGCCGCCGCUCAACUGUUGGCGCCGGCUGGGGCGGCCAAGUUCGCCUGCAACGCCCGGGGCGGGGCAGCCAGAUGCCAGUCCCUCCUCGGCUACACCCCGCGCAACGCCACCACCCUCGCCUCCGUCAUGUCCCUCUUCCAGGUCCGCUCCUUCCGCUCCCUGCUCGCGGCCAACGGCCUGCCCCUCUCCACCCCGCCCUCCCGCCCCGUCCCCGCCCGCGCCACCGUCCGCGUCCGCUUCGCCUGCGCCUGCUCCGCCGGCCACGGCGCCUCCAUGCACCGCCCGUUCUACAAGGUCGCUCCCGGCGAGACCCUCGACGGCAUCGCCCGCGGCGUCUUCGCCGGGUUCGUCACCUACCAGGAGAUCGCGGCGGCCAACAACAUCUCGGAUCCGGCGCUGGUCCAGGCCGGGCAGGAGCUGCACAUCCCGCUGCCGUGCAGCUGUGACGAAGUGGAGGGCGCCGCGGUGGUGCACUACGCGCACCUGGUGGCGGCCGGGAGCUCAACGUCGGGAAUCGCGGCGGAGUUCGGGACGGCGGAGGAGACGUUGAUGAGCUUGAACGGGAUUCGCGAUCCCAAGAGCCUUCAGGCCGGCCAAGUUCUGGAUGUUCCACUUCGAGCUUGUUCUUCCUCGAUAAGCAACGCCUCCAUCGACCGCGGCCUUCAUGUCCCAAACGGAAGCUACAUCCUGACUGCAAACAACUGCGUCCUCUGCAGCUGCAGCUCCUCCACUUGGCAGUUAGAGUGUCAUCCUACAAAGGGGCUCAGCUCUUCGGCUUGCCCUGCAGCAACCUGCGGUGAUCUCGCCCUCGGGAACUCAUCAUCCAGCACAGAUUGUGAGAGCAAGACUUGUGUGUACGCUGGCUACACCACCACCACUGCCAGCUUCAACAUCCUCACCAACCUUACCACCCAGUCGCUGUGCGACGCUGCAGGCGCACCGAUGCCGCAACCGAGUGCUGGUUUUGAUCUGCAAUCAGGAGUGCAGUGGGCGUACUUGGCGGUGCUGUCCAUUUGCUUUAACGUGGCUUUGGUAGGCUUUGUAUUGUGAGGUAAAAGGAGAGAGCUUCCUUCAGUGAUGUUGAUGGUUGUUGAGUCCCUUGCAAGAGGCUCUCCUGCUCGGUUAACACUAAGAACUAAAAGGAUUCUAAUAUCUCUGUGACUUUGAUCUUUCAUGUUAGCAGAGUAAAUCUUAUUUGUAUUCUAAUA